AUGAAGGGCAACUUCAAUCUAACGAAUCAACAAAUGCUGGACUCGAUAUUGAAAAGAUCGUGUACCUGCCUAUAUUGCCAAGCGUUAAGGGCAAAUUCAAACUAUCAACCAGCACAAGUGACAGAAUCAUCAGUUAUAGACAGUGCAAUAAUGGCUGACCGGAUGAUGAAACGAAGACGACGGGAUGAAUUAACAAGAACAGCACGAAUGAAGAGGAAAGCACAAAUUCAACUCAAGAAGAGCAGCAAACGUGCUAGAACCAAUAACAGUGAAAUAGGCAAGGAUGAUAAUUCCAAUGCCAUUAAGAUAUGGAACUUUGGGGGGCCAACAUACAUCUGCGAACACUGCCAUGCACUUAUGUGGCAUGAAGAAAGACUACAAUCUUAUGGAUGUAGAAAGCCAACCUUUGGGAUAUGCUGCAAACGAGGACAGGUUAUCUUGCCACCAUUGAAAGAACCGCCACCAUACCUUACGAGUUUGUUGACAAGAGAUGGAGGAAAAAGAUCAGCAAACUUAUGUUUUCCGACUGAAUGGCCAGAACCGCCACCAGAUAGGCACCCUGCUACCUCAAGAAGGAAAUAA